UUUAGUUGAUUUUACUAUAAAUAAUACUAAUAAUACUUUAAAGAUAAAUUGGGAAAAACAUAGUCAAUAGUCAUAACAAUAGUCUCUGAUGCUAUUCCAUCUGGAACUCAUGUUAUUUAGAGGUGUAACCAGACCUCACCUUGUUGACCUGCCCUCCUAGAGAGUUCUCCAUAGUCUCUGAUGCUAUUCCAUCUGGAACUCUCAUGUUAUUUAGAGGUGUAACCAGACCUCACCUUCUUGACCUACCUUCACUUAAUCCAGUUGACUCUCCAAUAGGGAAACUGUUUCUCUCCUUGUUUCCUCAGAACAACAGAUCUACCUGCUUUAUUUCAAAGGGAGAUUGUAUCCAUUCCUUAUGUCACAACUUACUGGAAUACAUUUGCCAAUAAUAUCUGUUGGGAAAAAGUCUGGUUAUUACCAUUUAAAUACCUUCUGGUAAUUUGAUUGCUUUUCUGAUUUUACAGAGCUUUGCAUUAUGCUAGGCUAUCGAUAAACUUACACAAAUGCUUGUCUUGCUUUGGCUGUAAAGCAUAAUUUCAAAAUCUGAGAUGACAGGGUGAUUAACAAAAGGCUAAGCUGUGUUUCAAUAUAUUUCACUUGUGAUUUCAUGAAUAUUAAUAUUUUCAAAGAUUUUUUGUCCAUUGCGUUAUGCUAAUUAGUGUAAGUUGAUGACAAUUCUCCCGGAUCCGGGAUGGGUAGUUCUAUUAACAACCCCACCAAUAGGAGGUGUCCACAUGGUCUGAUAAACACUCCUAACAACCAGACCACUAGGAGGUGUCCACAUGGUCUGAUAAACAUUCCUAACAACCCCACCACUAGGAGGUGUCCACAUGGUCUGAUAAACACUCCUAACAACCAGACCACUAGGAGGUGUCCACAUGGUCUGAUAAACACUCCUAACAACCCCACCACUAGGAGGUGUCCACAUGGUCUGAUAAACACUCCUAACAACCCAACCACUAGGAGGUGUCCACAUGGUCUGAUAAACACUCCUAACAACCAGACCACUAGGAGGUGUCCACAUGGUCUGAUAAAUACUCCUAACAACCCCACCACUAGGAGGUGUCCACAUGGUCUGAUAAACAUUCCUAACAACCAGACCACUAGGAGGUGUCCACAUGGUCUGAUAAACACUCCUAACAACCAGACCACUAGGAGGUGUCCACAUGGUCUGAUAAACACUCCUAACAACCAGACCACUAGGAGGUGUCCACAUGGUCUGAUAAACACUCCUAACAACCAGACCACUAGGAGGUGUCCACAUGGUCUGAUAAACACUCCUAACAACCAGACCACUAGGAGGUGUCCACAUGGUCUGAUAAACACUCCUAACAACCAGACCACUAGGAGGUGUCCACAUGGUCUGAUAAACACUCCUAACAACCCCACCACUAGGAGGUGUCCACAUGGUCUGAUAAACACUCCUAACAACCAGACCACUAGGAGGUGUCCACAUGGUCUGAUAAACACUCCUAACAACCCCACCACUAGGAGGUGUCCACAUGGUCUGAUAAACACUCCUAACAACCCCACCACUAGGAGGUGUCCACAUGGUCUGAUAAACAUUCCUAACAACCCCACCACUAGGAGGUGUCCACAUGGUCUGAUAAACACUCCUAACAACCCCACCACUAGGAGGUGUCCACAUGGUCUGAUAAACACUCCUAACAACCCCACCACUAGGAGGUGUCCACAUGGUCUGAUAAACAUUCCUAACAACCCCACCACUAGGAGGUGUCCACAUGGUCUGAUAAACACUCCUAACAACCAGACCACUAGGAGGUGUCCACAUGGUCUGAUAAACACUCCUAACAACCCCACCACUAGGAGGUGUCCACAUGGUCUGAUAAACACUCCUAACAACCAGACCACUAGGAGGUGUCCACAUGGUCUGAUAAACACUCCUAACAACCCCACCACUAGGAGGUGACCACAUGGUCUGAUAAACACUCCUAACAACCAGACCACUAGGAGGUGUCCACAUGGUCUGAUAAACACUCCUAACAACCCCACCACUAGAAGGUGUCCACAUGGUCUGAUAAACCCUCCUAACAACCAGACCACUAGGAGGUGUCCACAUGGUCUGAUAAACACUCCUAACAACCAGACCACUAGGAGGUGUCCACAUGGUCUGAUAAACACUCCUAACAACCCCACCACUAGGAGGUGUCCACAUGGUCUGAUAAACACUCCUAACAACCCCACCACUAGGAGGUGUCCACAUGGUCUGAUAAACACUCCUAACAACCCCACCACUAGGAGGUGUCCACAUGGUCUGAUAAACACUCCUAACAACCAGACCACUAGGAGGUGUCCACAUGGUCUGAUAAACACUCCUAACAACCAGACCACUAGGAGGUGUCCACAUGGUCUGGUAAACACUCCUAACAACCAGACCACUAGGAGGUGUCCACAUGGUCUGUAACUGGUAUGGUCAGAUAGACUAGUGGUUAGAGUGGUGGGUCAGUAACUGGUAUGGUCAGAUAGACUAGUGGUUAGAGUGGUGGGUCAGUAACUGGUAUGGUCAGAUAGACUAGUGGUUAGAGUGGUGGGUCAGUAACUGGUAUGGUCAGGUAACCUAGUGGUUAGAGUGGUGGGUCAGUAACUGGUAUGGUCAGAUAGACUAGUGGUUAGAGUGGUGGGUCAGUAACUGGUAUGGUCAGAUAGACUAGUGGUUGACUGACCCUGUACAACAACACCUAUCAUACUACUAUGACUGACCCUGUAAAACAACACCUAUCAUACUACUAUGACUGACCCUGUACAACAACACCUAUCAUACUACUAUGACUGACCCUGUAAAACAACACCUAUCAUACUACUAUGACUGACCCUGUAAAACAACACCUAUCAUACUACUAUGACUGACCCUGUACAACAACACCUAUCAUACUACUAUGACUGACCCUGUAAAACAACACCUAUCAUACUACUAUGACUGACCCUGUAAAACAACACCUA